AUGUUUCAGCGGUGCCCACUACGUAGCUCCCCUGUCGACGAGUCCCUCAGCAUUGCUACCUUUGCCCUUGGGGUUGGCUACUGCGGAGGAAAGCAGAAGGAUCCGACCUAUCGCAAAGUUUGCUCUGAUCCUAUCUAUGCGGAUUGGGCAGAAGCUGUGCAGGUCGAGUUUGAUGAAUCGUCGAUAAGCUACGCUGAGCUUGUCGAGCAUUUCUUUCGCUCUCAUGACGCGUCCUUCGGAAGUGGCAAAAGGCAGUACAUGUCAGCAAUCUUCUACCACUCUGAAGAACAGGAGAAGACUGCGCAACAAGUUCUGAGCAAUUUCAAUACACAGAAACGUGUGGUGACUGUAAUCGAACCGGCGACGGACUUCUACGAUGCAGAGUUGUAUCACCAGAAAUGGCUGCUGCAGAGGCGGAGAGACUGGUUUGCAACAUUGGAGCUCAUGUCGCCUGAAGAUCUUGUUGAUGGACAAGCUGCGAGCGGUUUGAACGCAUAUGUUGCUGGCCACCUCUCCCAGAAGGAUUUUCGUGAUCUUGUUGACGUCUGGGUGAGAGAUAAGGUGAUCUCCAACGAUGUUUGGUCUGCCAUCCGCACGAAGCUCGGCUUCGAGUGUGAGAAUGAUGAAUGA